CAGCUCGGCUGGUUCCGGGUUGGGAGGCAGCGCUCGGAGCGGAGCAGUGGCCGCGGCGCCGGCGGGAGUAAGGGGCAACGCCGGGCACGUCUGCGGGCUGGAGCCGGGCUGCGGAGUGUGCUGGUGCCCGCCCCUCCUCUGCCAGGCACAACCGAGCACCCUUCGCUCGGGGUCCCCCGUUGCCUCACGACCGCCACCCUUGCGGGCCGGCAUCCCGGGUGGUCCGCAGCCCUCGCGCCCGCCUCGAGGGACCCGCCCCCGGGGCCCGCGUCUCGCCCGGCCCCCUCCCGCCGCCCCCGGCGCCAUGGCGUGCAGCCUCAAGGACGAGCUGCUCUGCUCCAUCUGCCUGAGCAUCUACCAGGACCCCGUGAGCCUGGGCUGCGAGCACUACUUCUGCCGCCGCUGCAUCACCGAGCACUGGGUGCGGCAGGAGGCGCAGGGCGCUCGCGACUGCCCCGAGUGCCGGCGCACGUUCGCCGAGCCCGCGCUGGCCCCCAGCCUCAAGCUGGCCAACAUCGUGGAGCGCUACAGCGCCUUCCCGCUGGACGCCAUCCUCAACGCGCGCCGCGCCGCGCGGCCCUGCCAGGCGCACGACAAGGUCAAGCUCUUCUGCCUCACGGACCGCGCGCUGCUCUGCUUCUUCUGCGACGAGCCCGCCCUGCACGAGCAGCACCAGGUCACCGGCAUCGACGACGCCUUCGAGGAGCUGCAGAGGGAGCUGAAGGAGCAGCUUCAGGCCCUUCAGGCUAGCGAGCGUGAGCACACGGAGGCGCUGCAGCUGCUCAAGCGACAACUGGCAGAGACCAAGUCCUCCACCAAAGGCCUGCGGACCACCAUCGGCGAGGCCUUCGAGCGGCUGCACCGGCUGCUGCGGGAGCGGCAGAAGGCCAUGCUGGAGGAGCUGGAGGCGGACACGGCCCGCACGCUGACCGACAUCGAGCAGAAGGUGCAGCGCUACAGCCAGCAGCUGCGCAAGGUGCAGGAGGGCGCGCAGAUCCUGCAGGAGCGGCUGGCCGAGACCGACCGACACUCCUUCCUGGCCGGGGUAGCCUCGCUGUCCGAGCGGUUGAAGGGGAAAGUCCACGAGACCAACCUAACCUAUGAAGACUUCCCCACAUCCAAGUACACAGGCCCCCUGCAGUACACCAUCUGGAAGUCUCUGUUCCAGGACAUCCAUCCAGUACCCGCUGCCCUGACCCUGGACCCGGGCACUGCCCACCAGCGCCUGAUCCUGUCCGAUGACUGCACCAUCGUGGCCUAUGGGAACUUGCACCCACAGCCGCUGCAGGACUCGCCCAAACGCUUCGAUGUGGAGGUGUCGGUGCUGGGCUCCGAGGCCUUCAGCAGCGGCGUCCACUACUGGGAGGUGGUGGUGGCCGAGAAGACCCAGUGGGUGAUCGGGUUGGCCCACGAGGCCGCCAGCCGCAAGGGCAGCAUCCAGAUCCAGCCGAGCCGCGGCUUCUACUGCAUCGUCAUGCAUGAUGGCAACCAGUACAGUGCCUGCACUGAGCCCUGGACGCGGCUCAACGUCCGCGACAAGCUGGACAAGGUGGGCGUCUUCCUGGACUAUGACCAGGGCCUGCUCAUCUUCUACAACGCCGACGACAUGUCCUGGCUCUACACCUUCCGCGAGAAGUUCCCCGGCAAGCUGUGCUCCUACUUCAGCCCCGGGCAGAGUCACGCCAACGGCAAGAACGUGCAGCCCCUGCGGAUCAACACCGUCCGCAUCUAGAGGCCAAGGGCCAGGACCACGCGGGAGCCCGCAGGGCUUCCCCAAGACCGCAGGCCAGCGGGUUCCCUGGCGGUCCCCGGGUCCCCGUCUGUGGAACGAAAGCUGGGCUCCGGGAUAGCUCGCUCUUCCGGUGCUAAUGUGCUGUAGCCCCGACCUUGCAGGGGACGCAGCUGUGGUGUAAGGGUGCCGCCUGCCUCUCCUCUCUCCCCUCCUGUCCAGGGCAGAGCUCUGCCUCCUGGUCUCUCCCUCCUCCCCAGAUGCCCUGGCUCAGAAAGUACUGAGUGUUGCCAGCCGUGAUGCACAGGACCCCUUCGGCUCCCAGGCUCCAGACUGGCCCCCAACCACGCUAGUGACAGGCUGUUUUGCCCUGCUUCCAGCACACAACGGACCCAGAUCCUAGCUGGUCCUGGCUUGUCCCAGACCCACCCUAGAGCUCUGGGGUCCUGCUUGCCCCACUGCUCUGCAAAAAAUAGAGGUGACCUGAGACCUCGUGGAGGUGUCCCGGUCGCCGAGCACAUUCCUAUCACCAUGCCUCCACCUUCCUGCCCACAGGUCUGUGCGCCCAGUGACGCAGAGCCCAAGAACCCAAAGGUAGUAGUAGCAGGAAUAGGAUUCAGAUGCUCGGGUCUCGUUGCUGAGGGGAGCAGGGGCAGUUGGGGCCUGAGCCCUGGGCCCCGCAUCAGCCUCAGAGUCAUCCUCUCUGAAGAUCCUGUUGCAGGGCACAGACGCUGCUUGAACUUGUCUAGUGGAAAAGGACUUAGCAGAGCAGCCCUGAGAAGCUCCCGGACUCAGCAUGCCUCUGCAGACAGACAGUUCCAGCACAUGGACCUCCUAGCUAGGCCUGCCUCUCUCACCUCAGUUCAACCCCCCACUCCGAUCUCUAGCCCAGGGAUUUUAUUCAGGGUAACUUCACUCCUAUCCAGAGCUUUGGCUGCAACGGGGCCUGGGAAAUGUAGUUUUCUUCUUCCCGGCCUCCACCCUCCAAACAGGCGCAUUAGAAGGAAGUUAGAGCAAGAAGCUUGUCGUGCUGGAGUCCCGGCUCUCGCCACGGCCUUGGAGCAGCAGCAGAGCCUCCAAGGGACGUGUGAGGGGCCUCGGCCCCUGCCCAGCCCCUGAGUAUUAGCUGAAUCGGCAGCAGCUGACAGGACUCCCCAGCUGUGUCUCUCCUCUCUGGUCCCAAGCCCAGAUUCUGAACUGGGAGAGCAAGGUAGGGGGCUCACCACACCCACCCCAGCAGAGACAGACCCACAGAACCUAGGGGCAUGGGUGGGUUCCCCAGGGUCAUCCUCUACCUUUCAGCUACCAGAAUCUGGGCACCCCACCCCACCCUGAAGCAGUAUUUUUUAUUUUAAGUGUUGCCCACUUCUGUGAAUUUUGAAUUUGUAUAAAGUUGCGAGA